AUGGUUGUGCUUGAGCAACAAAGUAGAAAAUUGGAAUUGGAGCUAGCAGUUGCGAUGGAAGAAAUAAGUCGUUUGAUUUCCGAGCUUAAAAGCACUCGAACUGCUCAAAACGGCGAAGGAACUCUAAGGUUGAUAAAACAAGUGAAAAGCGACGGUAGUAAUAAUGAAGUAUCGCAGCUUAGAUCCGCGCUUAAUGACGCUACGACAGAGAUUGCAUUACUCACAAGAGCGCUGGAUGCGUGUCGAGAUGAGCUGCAAGAAGUUCGAGACCUGGUUACUGCAAAGAGUGAAAAAGAGUCAGUAGCUGUUACCAAGAUCUCGGCAGUGUUGCAUGCUAAGGAUGACGCAUUAAAAAGAUUGCGCAAGCAGGUUCUAGGGCUGCAAGAAGAAGUACAAGCAUUUCGUGGAGAAAAGACCGCGUUUGAGCUAAAAGCCAAACAGGACGAACUGCGAUCAAGCAAUACAAUCACAACGGUUGUAAACGAGCUUCAAGCGCAACUAGAAGACUAUUCAAGUGCGUAUCGAAGUUUCUGUGACUUUCGUGAUGCUAAUCGCGCUGUCAUUUCUCCGGAUCGUACGGUCGGAGCUGACGUCGAGUAUGAAGAGUGUUUAAUCAUGCGUAGUGGUGUGGUGAUCAAAGCUGGCGCAAACUUUCAAAUGCCAGUGUUUUACAGAGUUGAUGGCGUGUGGUGUGGAGCUCCUCGAUUAAGAAAAAAGCUGCUGAUGUUUGUUCAAGUUGACAGCAAAGAUACUGGAUAG